CUUACAGCACGCCCGGGGAGGCGAUCACGGAGGAGAGCCGCGCAGGCCGCCCUCAGACGCGCUCCGGUGGGUGCUGCGAUCGGUGGUGUGCUCGUAGUGGUGCAGUGAAGCGUGUCGUUGACGAAGGCAGUGAGGACUCCAGGUCACUGAGACAGCUUUAGGCACCCACCACUACCAACACCACCACCGCCAUGCCUGGCCACAUCAAAAAGAGCACGGGCCCUGAUCCCGACCCCAGCGAGUAUCUUUAUAUUUCGGCUGAGAUGAAGAUGAAGGAUCAGACCAAGCCCUACGAUUCGAAGAAGUCUUGCUGGGUGCCUGAUGCCAAGGAGGGAUUCCUUGAGGGUUUGAUCCAAGGCACUAAGGGAGACAAGGUCACUGUGAUGGCUGGCGGAGAGACCAAGGAGUACAAGAAGGACCAAGUACAGCAGGUCAACCCACCCAAGUACGAGAAAUGCGAGGACAUGUCCAACCUGACCUACCUGAACGAUGCCUCUGUCCUGUACAACCUGAAGACUCGCUACGUCAACAAGCUCAUCUACACCUACUCCGGUCUCUUUUGUAUUGUGGUGAAUCCCUACAAGCGAUACCCCAUCUACACAAACCGUGUGGUCAAGAUUUAUCUAGGCAAGAGGCGUAAUGAGGUGCCUCCUCACCUUUUCGCUAUUUCUGACGGCGCUUACAGCAACAUGUUGCAAGUUGGCGAGAACCAGUCUAUGCUGAUCACCGGUGAGUCCGGCGCCGGCAAGACCGAGAACACCAAGAAAGUACUCUCCUACUUCGCCAACGUUGGUGCCACCACCAAGAAAGAGGGUGAAAACAAGAAGAAUCUGGAAGAUCAGAUUAUCCAGACUAACCCUGUACUGGAGGCCUUCGGCAACGCCAAGACCGUCCGUAACGACAACUCCUCCCGCUUCGGUAAAUUCAUUCGCAUUCACUUCCAACCGACUGGAAAGCUGUCUGGUGCUGAUAUUGAGGUCUAUCUGCUGGAGAAAGCUCGUGUCAUCUCCCAGCAGUCUCUUGAGCGAUCCUACCAUAUCUUCUACGAGAUGAUGUCCGACCAGGUCCCCGAAAUAAAACCUCUGUGUAAGCUCAGCAACGACAUCUACGACUACCACUACGUGUCUCAAGGCAAAGUCACCGUGCCUUCUAUCGACGAUAAGGAGGACAUGCAGUUCUGUCACGAUGCAUUCGAUAUUUUGGGCUUCACUAAGAUGGAGGUUGAUAACGUGUACAAGAUCACAGCCUGUGUCAUGCAUUUGGGCGAGCUCAAGUUUAAGCAGAGGGGUCGCGAGGAACAGGCAGAACCCGACGGUACUGAAGCCGGAGAAAAAAUUGCAGAUCUCAUGUCCGUGGACGUGAAUGACCUGUACCUGGCCAUUACCAAGCCCAAGAUCAAAGUCGGCACUGAGUUUGUGUCCAAGGGUAUGAAUGUUGACCAGUGUUACUACUCUAUCGGCGCCAUGGCCAAGACUCUGUUUGACCGUGUCUUCAAGUUUAUCGUUGGGAAGUGUAAUGAAACUCUUGAAACCGGUCUCAGGCGCCAUUCCUUCAUCGGUGUGCUGGAUAUUGCCGGCUUUGAGAUCUUCGACUUCAACGGCUUCGAGCAGAUCUGCAUUAACUUCUGUAACGAGAAGCUGCAGCAGUUCUUCAACCACCACAUGUUCGUGCUGGAACAGGAAGAGUACAAGAAAGAAGGCAUCGAGUGGACUUUCGUGGACUUCGGCAUGGACUUGCAGGCCUGCAUUGAACUCUUUGAGAAGAAAAUGGGUCUCCUGUCCAUCCUGGAGGAAGAGUCUAUGUUCCCCAAGGCAACAGAUAAGUCUUUCGCUGAGAAGCUGAACGCAAACCACCUCGGCAAGACUCCGGUGUUCAUCAAGCCCAAGCCUCCCAAGGCAGGCCAACCUGAGGCCCACUUCGCCAUUGUGCAUUACGCCGGCACCGUGAGCUAUAAUUUGACUGGCUGGCUCGAGAAGAACAAGGAUCCCCUCAACGAUACUCUGGUUGAUUUGCUGAAGAGAGCCGGUAACGAGCUGGCAGUACUUCUCUUCGCCGACCACCCUGGACAGUCUGGGGCCGGCGACGACAAGAAAGGCAAGAAGUCUGGAGGAUUUAAGACAGUGUCGUCUUCCUACAGAGAUCAGCUUAACAACCUGAUGAGGACUCUGAACGCCACUCACCCUCAUUUCAUCCGUUGCAUUGUGCCCAACGAGACCAAGUCCCCAGGCGUGAUGGAUGCAGCUCUGGUUAUGCAUCAGUUGACUUGUAACGGUGUGCUUGAAGGCAUUCGUAUUUGUCGCAAGGGCUUCCCCAACAGGAUGCAUUACCCGGACUUCAAGCAUCGGUACAAAAUCUUGGCCUCUAAAAUCAUGUCCGAGAUCAGGGAAGACAAGAAAUCUGCCCAGGCUUGCUUCGAUAAGGUAGAACUCAAUCCGGAGUCGUACCGUCUGGGUCACACCAAGGUGUUCUUCCGUGCCGGUGUUCUUGGUCAAAUGGAGGACCUGCGUGAUGAUCGCAUCGGCAAGCUGAUCACGUGGCUGCAGGCUUGGAUUCGUGGGUUCGCCGCUCGCAAACUUUACGAUAAACUCCAGAAACAGCGCAUUGCACUAAUGGUGGUGCAGCGCAACAUCAGAAAAUACAUGAAGAUGCGUAGCUGGCUCUGGUAUUCACUGUGGAUCACCCUAAAGCCUCGACUCACUGUGACACGCGCUGAGGAUGAACUCAUUGCCUUGGAAGAGAAGGCUGAGAAGGCUGAGACGGAACAUGCAAAGGCUGUCAAGAUUCGUGAGCAACUCCAGGCCACCAAUUCCUUGCUGACGGAAGAAAGAAAUAACCUCCUGUUGGCACUAGACUCUACCAAGGGUGGUAUGUCAGACUUUAUCGAGAAGCAGAACAAGAUCCAGGGCCAGAAGACAGACCUCGAGAAUCAGCUUACGGAAAUCACUGAACGCCUGGCGAAUGAAGAGGAAUCCCGUAACCAACUCACACAAGCUAAGAAGAAGUCUGAACAGGAAGUGUCACAGCUCAAGAGGGAAUUGGGAGAUACUGAAAUGAAAAUCCAAAAGGGAGAGCAAGACAAGUCCACAAAGGACCAACAGAUUCACAACCUUAACGAAGAAGUAUCCCACCAGGAGGAACUCAUCAAUAAAAUCAAUAAGGAGAAGAAGCAUUUGCAGGAAUGCAAUCAAAAGACAUCGGAAGACCUUCAGAGCCUUGAGGACAAGAGCAAUCACUUCGGCAAUAUCAAGUCUAAACUGGAACACAAUCUUGACGAACUCGAAGAUUCUCUGGAGCGAGAAAAGAAACUUCGCAGUGAUGUCGAAAAAGCCAAGAGAAAGGUUGAGGGUGAUCUCAAGUUGACUCAAGAAGCCAUCGCUGAUCUGGAGCGCAAUCAGAAGGAUAUCGAAAAUACCAUCCAUCGCAAGGAUAAGGAAUACGCCGCCCUCGUCACAAAAAUUGAGGAAGAACAAAUGCAGAUCAAUAAGGUACAGAGACAAAUCAAGGAACAACAAGCCAGAAUCGACGAGCUCGAGCAGGAAGUUGAAUUCGAGCGUCAGUCCCGUGCUAAGGCUGAAAAGAGUAAGACCAAUUUGGCCAGAGACCUGACAGAACUCGGUGACCGCCUGGAGGAAGCCGGAGGGGCCACUGCCGCCCAGAUCGAGCUGAACAAGAAGCGUGAGUCUGAGCUGACCAAGCUCCGCCGCGACCUCGAGGAGAUCAACAUCCAGCAUGAGUCUGCACUUUCUCUCCUCCGCAGGAAACACAACGAUGCUAUCACUGAACUUUCAGAACAGAUCGACUACCUCAACAAGACAAAGGCCAGGCUCGAGAAGGAAAAGGAUUCCUUGAAACGAGAAGCUGAGGAUGCUAAGUCUACGCUGGACGGUUUAGCUCGUGAUAAGGCUGCUGGAGAGAAGACAGCCAAACAAAUUCAGCAACAAAUUGCUGAGGUCCAUGCCAGGCUGGAUGAGUCAAAUCGCACACUCAGCGAUUUCGAUGCUACCAAGAAGAAGUUGGCAGCUGAGAAUGGUGACCUCCUGCGGCAGGUAGAAGAGGCGGAGAACCAGAUAGGUCAGCUGUCCAAACUGAAACUGUCGCUCACCAAUCAGCUGGACGACAACAGGAAGCUGUCGGACGAGGAGAGUCGGGAGCGCGCAACCCUUCUCGGUAAAUGCCGCAACCUGGAGCAUGACAUUAUUGGGCUACGGGAGCAGCUCGACGCUGAGAGUGAGGGCAAGGCUGACAUGCAGCGCCUGCUUUCUCAAGCUAACGCAGAUGCUCAGAUGUGGCGGUCAAAGUACGAAUCUGAGGGCGUAGCACGUGCUGAAGAAAUUGAGGCCGCUCGAAUGAAACUGGCUGCUCGUUUGGAGGAGGCAGAGUCACAGAUCGAGCAGCUAAACAUUAAAAACCUCAGCCUGGAGAAGGCCAAGCAGCGCCUGGCAUCUGAUAUUGAGGAUGGACAAAUCGCAGCUGAACGCGCCCAAACGUUGGCCUCUGCAGCUGAAAAGAAACAGAAGAACUUCGACAGGAUCCUGUCGGAAUGGAAACUGAAGGUUGAAGACUUGGCAGCUGAGCUCGACGCCUCCCAAAAGGAAUGUCGCAACUAUUCUACUGAACACUUCCGUGUCAAGGCUGCUUACGAAGAGAACUUGGAACACCUCGACUCAGCUCGCCGUGAAAACAAGAAUCUCAGUGAUGAAAUUAAGGAUUUGAUGGACCAAAUCAGUGAGGGCGGUCGAUCAUUCCACGAGCUGGAAAAGAAUGUUAAACGUCUGGAAGUCGAGAAGGAGGAGUUGCAGGCCGCCCUGGAGGAGGCCGAGGCCGCCCUAGAGCAGGAGGAGAACAAGGUUCUCCGUGGCCAGCUGGAACUCAGCCAGGUCAGGCAGGAGAUCGACCGCCGUAUUCAGGAGAAGGAAGAGGAGUUCGAGAACACAAGGAAAUGCCACCAGCAAGCUAUGGACUCUAUGCAGGCUUCUCUUGAGGCUGAAGCCAAGGCCAAGGCCGAGGCUCUCCGCCAGAAGAAGAAGCUUGAGUCCGACAUCAAUGAACUGGAGAUCUCUCUUGACCACUCGAACAAGGCCCACUCUGACCUCCAGAAGACCUUCAAGAAGCUCCAGAAUGAAAUCAAGGACAUGGAGCUGAAGGUGGAGGAGCAACAUCGCAUUGCCUCCGAGUAUCGCGAGCAGCUAGGCAUCUCUGACCGCCGCGGCAACGCCCUUCAGGGAGAAUUGGAAGAAUCCCGCUCUCUUCUCGAACAGUCCGACAGGUGUCGUCGCCAAGCUGAAGCCGACCUUUCUGAGGCUCAAGAACACCUGAACAACCUUAACAGCCAGUGCAGCACUCUCACUCUGGCCAAGAGGAAGCUGGAAAGCGAGAUGCAGACCUUGCAGGCUGAUCUGGAUGAGAUGUUGAACGAGACCAAGAACUCUGAGGAGAAGGCCAAGAAGGCUAUGGUGGACGCCGCCCGUCUGGCAGAUGAACUGCGCUCUGAGCAGGAGCACGCCCAGAAUCAGGAGAAGGCGAGAAAGACUCUGGAGGUUUCUUACAAGGACCUGCAAGCUAAGUUUGAAGAAAGUGAAGGCAAUGCUCAGAAGGCCGUGAAGAAAUCUCUGAGCAAGCUGGAAGACCGCGUUCGCGAUCUGGAGUGCCAACUGGACGAUGAGUCCCGCCGCCACUCCGACGCCCAGAAAAACCUGAGGAAGUGUGAGAGGCGCAUCAAGGAACUCACCUUCCAGGCCGACGAAGACAAGAAGAACCACGAGAGGAUGCAGGACCUUGUCGACAAACUCCAGCAGAAGAUUAAGACCUACAAGAGGCAGAUCGAAGAGGCUGAGGAGAUUGCUGCCCUCAACCUGGCCAAGUUCCGCAAGGCCCAGCAGGAACUCGAGGAAGUUUCCGCCAUGUCACGUCACUGUGGACAGGAAACCCAGACAAACAGCUACAAUGGCAACGCCACUAGACUCGGGAUCCCAGAAGGUGUCAGGUUAAUAUUAGACGACACUCAUAUGGGUCAGGCCACUCCUUGUGCAUUCGAUGCUUUUCCUUUGCCAAAGAGACAAAAAUGCCUGAUGGCACCCACCACCACCAUGCCUGGCCACGUAAAGAAGAGCACGGGCCCCGACCCCGACCCCUCUGAAUGGCUCUAUAUUUCGAAUGAGAUGAAGAUGAAGGACGCCACCAAGCCUUAUGACCCCAAGAAGUCCUGCUGGGUGCCUGAUCCCAAGGAGGGCUUCCUUGAGGGCAUGAUCCAGGGCACCAAGGGUGAUAAAAUUACUGUGAUGGCUGCCGGCGAGACCAAGGAGUACAAGAAGGACCAAGUACAUCAGGUCAACCCACCUAAGUACGAGAAAUGCGAGGACAUGUCCAACCUGACCUACCUGAACGACCCUUCUGUCCUAUAUAACUUGAAAGCCCGCUAUGUCAACAAGCUUAUUUACACCUACUCCGGCCUCUUCUGUAUUGUGGUGAACCCCUACAAGCGCUACCCCAUCUACACCAACCGUGUGGUCAAGAUCUACCAGUGUAAGAGGCGUAAUGAGGUGCCUCCUCAUCUGUUCGCCAUCUCUGACGGUGCCUACUCUGCUAUGAUGCAAGUGGGUGGAAACCAGUCCAUGUUGAUCACCGGCGAGUCCGGCGCCGGCAAGACUGAGAACACGAAGAAGGUACUUUCCUACUUCGCCAACGUCGGUGCCACCACCAAGAAGGAAGGCGAGGCCGAAAAGAAGAACUUGGAGGACCAGAUCGUGCAGACCAACCCUGUGCUGGAAGCUUUCGGUAACGCCAAGACCGUCCGUAACGACAACUCCUCCCGCUUCGGUAAGUUCAUCCGUAUCCACUUCCAACCCAAUGGCAAGCUGUCUGGUGGUGACAUUGAGGUCUACCUGCUGGAGAAGGCUCGUGUCAUCUCCCAGCAGUCCCUUGAGCGAUCCUACCAUAUCUUCUACGAGAUGAUGUCCGACCAGAUCAAGGAAAUCAAGCCCUCAUGUCUGCUCAGCAACGACAUCUACGACUAUCACUACGUGUCUCAGGGCAAGGUUACCGUGCCUUCCAUCGAUGACGGCGAGGACAUGCAGUUCUGUCAUGACGCCUUUGACAUCCUGGGUUUCACCAAGACUGAGAUUGAGAACGUAUACAAGAUCACCGCCGCUGUCAUGCACAUGGGUAACAUGAAGUUCAAGCAAAAGGGUCGUGAAGAGCAGGCUGAACCUGAUGGUACUGAGCAUGGUGCCAAAGUUGCGACUCUUUUGGGCUGUGACGUGAAUGACGUGUACCUGGCCAUUACCAAGCCCAAGAUCAAGGUCGGCACUGAGUUUGUGGCCAAGGGCAUGAAUGUUAACCAGUGCUACUACUCCAUCGGCGCCAUGGCCAAGGCUCUGUUUGAUCGUGUCUUCAAGUUUAUCGUCACCAAGUGUAAUGAAACUCUUGAAACCGGUCUCAAGCGCGCUUCCUUCAUCGGUGUGCUGGAUAUUGCUGGCUUUGAGAUCUUUGACUACAACGGCUUCGAGCAGAUCUGCAUCAACUUCUGUAACGAGAAGCUGCAGCAGUUCUUCAACCACCACAUGUUCGUGCUGGAGCAGGAAGAGUACAAGAAGGAAGGCAUCAACUGGGUGUUUGUGGACUUCGGUAUGGAUCUGCAGGCCUGCAUUGAGCUCUUCGAGAAGAAAAUGGGUCUUCUGUCCAUCUUGGAGGAAGAGUCUAUGUUCCCCAAGGCAACAGAUAAGUCUUUCGCUGAGAAGCUGAAUGCAAACCAUCUCGGCAAGACUCCCUGUUUCAUCAAGCCCAAGCCCCCCAAGGCUGGUCAGACUGAGUCUCACUUCGCCAUCGUCCACUAUGCCGGCACUGUGAGCUACAACCUGUCUGGCUGGCUCGAGAAGAACAAGGAUCCCCUCAACGAUACUCUGGUCGACGUGCUCAAGAAAUCCUCCAAUGAACUGGCUGUCUUCAUCUUUGCUGACCAUCCAGGACAGUCUGGCGGUGAUGACAAGAAGGGUGGACGUGGUGCUAAGUCAGGCUCCUUCAAGACUGUGUCAUCAAGUUACAGGGAGCAGCUCAACAACCUGAUGAGGACCCUGAACGCCACUCAUCCUCACUUCAUCCGUUGUAUUGUGCCCAACGAGACCAAGUCCCCAGGUGUUAUUGACGCUGGCCUGGUUAUGCAUCAGCUGACCUGUAACGGUGUACUUGAGGGUAUCCGUAUUUGCCGCAAGGGCUUCCCUAACAGGAUUCCCUAUUGUGACUUCAAGCACAGGUACCUGAUCUUGGCUCCUAAGGAGAUGGCUGAAGCUAAGACAGACAAGGCUAUGGCUCAAGCUUGCUUCACUAAGGCAGGUCUUGAGGAGGAGUCCUACAGGCUGGGCAACACAAAGGUAUUCUUCCGAGCUGGUAUCCUGGGUAGGAUGGAGGAGCUGCGUGACGACCGCAUCUCCCUGCUCCUUGCUUGGCUGCAGGCCUGGUGCCGUGGCUACAUCAGCCGUAAGAGCUAUCAGAAGCUCCAGAAGCAACGCAUCUCACUGCUGGUGGUGCAGCGUAACAUCAGGAAAUACAUGAAGAUGCGCACCUGGAAAUGGUAUGGAAUGUGGAUGGUUCUGAAGCCUACUCUUCAUGUCGUAAGCAUUGAGGACGAGCUGAGGGCCCUUGAGGAGAAGGCCGAAAAGGCUGAAAAGGAAUACGAACAGAUGGUUAAGAAGCACCAGGAGCUCGAGAAGGUUAAUACUGGUCUCACUGACGAGAAGAACGAACUCGUGUCAGCGCUGGACUCUUCCAAGGGUGGCGCACAAGACUUCAUUGACAAGAUCAACAAACUCCAGGCCCAGAAGAAUGAGCUGGAUGCCCAAGUCAAUGAAGCCCAGAAACGCCUGCGCAAUGAAGAGGACGCCCGCAACAAGCUUCAGCAGUCAAACAAAAAGACAGAACAGGAGGUUGAUGGUUUGAGGAAGGAUAUGGAAGACCUGGAACAGGCCAUUCAGAAGGCUGAGCAGGAUAAGGCAACGAAGGAUCAACAGAUCCACAACAUGAAUGAGGAAGUCGCCCACCAGGAGGAACUCAUCAAUAAGAUCAACAAGGAGAAAAAGCAUCUCCAGGAAUGCACCCAGAAGACGUCUGAGGAUCUGCAGAAUCUUGAAGACAAAUGCAAUCACUUCAUUAACAUUAAGGCAAAACUUGAGAGCAACUUGGAUGAAGUUGAAGAUACUCUCGAGCGCGAAAAGAAGCUUCGCAACGACGUAGAGAAGGCCAAGAGGAAGGUUGAAGGUGACCUGAAGCUUUCUCAAGAGGCUGUCGCUGAUCUGGAGCGCAACCAGAAAGAGAUCGAAGCUACCAUCCUUCGCAAGGAGAAGGAGCACUCAGCUCUGGUCAGCAAAAUCGAAGAGGAACAGGCUCAAUAUACUAAGCUGCAGAGACAGAUCAAGGAACAGCAAACCCGCAUCGAAGACCUUGACCACGAAGCUGAACACGAACGCCAGGCACGUGCCAAGGCUGAGAAGGGGAAGACCACUCUGGCUCAGGAGCUUUCCGAGCUUGCAGAUCAACUGGAUGAAGCUGGUGGUGCCACUGCCGCCCAGAUUGAACUCAACAAGAAGCGCGAGGCUGAGCUGGCCAAGCUCCGCCGCGACCUUGAGGAGAUCAACAUUCAACAUGAAGCUGCUCUUUCACAACUUCGCAAGAAGCACAAUGAUACCAUCAAUGAGAUGUCCGAACAGAUCGAUCAUCACAACAAACUGAAGGCCAGACUGGAGAAGGAUAAGGAUACCCUGAAGCGUGAGGCUGAGGAUGCUAAGGCAGCCCUUGAUUCUCUUGUUCAUGAAAAGGCUGCUGCGGAGAAGACUGUCAAGCAGAUCCAGCAGCAGAUCGCAGACCACACCGGCAAACUGGACGAGCUGAAUCGCACUCUCAACGACUUUGAUUCUACCAAGAAGAAACUCUUUGCCGAUAACAACGAUCUUCAGAGACAAAUUGAAGAAGCCGAGAGCCAGAUUAGUCAGCUGUCCAAGAUGAAGCUGUCUCUCACCAAUCAGCUGGAGGACCACAGGAAGCUGGCGGAUGAGGAGAGCCGGGACCGUGCUACUCUGCUGGGUAAGUGCCGCAACCUUGAGCACGACAUCGAGGGUCUCCGCGAGCAGCUGGAGAUUGAGAGCGAAGCCAAGGGCGACGUGCAGCGUAUGUUGUCAAGAGCCAGUGCUGAGGCUCAGAUGUGGCGCUCCAAGUACGAAAAUGAAGGUGUGGCCCGAGUUGAAGAAAUUGAAGCUUCUCGCUUGAAGCUCGCCGCUCGCCUGGACGAAGCAGAAUCUCAGAUUGAACAGCUCAAUGUCAAGAAUGUCAGUUUGGAAAAGGCCAAGCAGCGUCUGCUCACUGAUAUUGAAGAGACUCAGAUCGCCGCUGAACGUGCUAAGACCAUCGCUGAUUCAGCUGAGAAGAAACAGAAGCAUUACGAUCGUAUUCUCUCUGAAUGGAAGCUCAAGGUUGACGAUCUCGCCUCUAACCUUGAUUCAUCCCAGAAGGAAUGCCGUAAUUACUCUACUGAGGUCUUCCGCGUCAAGGCCGCUUACGAAGAGAACCUGGAACAAUUGGACUCCAUCCGCAGAGAAAACAAGAACCUCAAUGAUGAAAUCAAGGACCUUGUUGACCAGAUUGGUGAGGGUGGCCGCGCCUACCAUGAAAUUGAAAAGAGUGUUAAGCGUCUCGAUAUCGAGAAGGAGGAGCUGCAGGCUGCCCUGGAGGAGGCCGAGGCCGCCCUGGAGCAGGAGGAGAACAAGGUUCUCCGUGGCCAGCUGGAGCUCAGCCAGGUCAGGCAAGAGAUCGACCGCCGCAUCCAGGAGAAGGAAGAGGAGUUCGAGAACACGAGGAAAUGCCACCAGCAAGCUAUGGACUCCAUGCAAGCAACUAUUGAGGCUGAAGCCAAGGCCAAGGCCGAGGCUCUCCGUCAGAAGAAGAAGCUUGAGUCCGACAUCAAUGAACUGGAGAUCUCUCUUGACCACUCGAACAAGGCCCACUCUGACCUCCAGAAGACCUUCAAGAAGCUCCAGAUGGAAUACAAGGAUAUGGAGCUGAAGGUGGAGGAGCAGCACCGCAUUGCCUCCGAGUUCCGCGACCAGUACAACAUGGCAGAGCGCCGUGGCAAUGCCCUGCAGGGAGAGCUUGAAGAGUCUCGCUCUCUUCUAGAGCAAUCCGACCGCGCCCGUCGCCAGGCUGAGUCCGACCUCGCUGACGCCAAUGACCAGCUCAGUGAGCUUGGCACACAAUGCAGCGACAUGUCACUGUCCAAGAGGAAGGUCGAGGGAGAAAUCCAAACCCUACAGACCGAUCUGGAUGAGAUGCUGAGCGAAGCCAAGAACUCCGAAGAGAAGGCCAAGAAGGCCAUGGUGGAUGCCGCCCGGCUGGCCGAUGAACUGCGCGCUGAACAGGAACAUGCCCAGAACCAAGAGAAGAUGCGCAAGGGUCUUGAAGUUUCCCUCAAGGAACUCCAGGCAAGACUUGAAGAAAGUGAGAUGAAUGCCCAGAAGGCCAUCAAGAAUGCUGUGGCCAAGCUGGAGGGUCGUGUACGCGAGCUUGAAGUUAACCUUACCGAAGAGUCCCGCCAUUAUUCCGACGCCCAGAAGAACCUGAGGAAGUGCGAGAGACGCAUCAAGGAGCUCACCUUCCAGGCCGAGGAAGACAAGAAGAACCACGAGAAGAUGCAGGAUCUUGUCGACAAACUCCAGCAGAAGAUGAAGACCUAUAAGAGGCAGAUCGAGGAGGCAGAAGAAAUCGCUGCCCUCAACUUGGCCAAGUUCCGCAAGGCCCAGCAGGAACUCGAAGAAAACACUGCCUAAAUUAUUUUAUCGUGGUAUAAACCCAUUCCCUUAAUGUUCGUCACCACAACCACGAAGCAAAGAAUUUAAUGUAGCCGGUUUUUUUUUUUUUUUCAUUACUAGAUGCAGUCAUUCAUUACAAUAUUAUUACCUCGAUUCACUCCGACUGAAGAGCUUUGCCCAUGAAGCAAACGGCUGAGAUCAGAUCAAGGAGUGAAUGGAACUGUUGGAUGUUAUUUUCUUAAAUCGGGGUUGAUCAGUAACGACUAAGAAAACUUUAUUAUUAUUAUUAUUAUUAUUAUUAUUAUUAUUAUUAUUAUUAUUAUUAUUAUUGCUGUUUUUGUUAUUACUGUCAUCAUCAUCAUCAUUAUAUCUAUCGCUGACUGGCCACAACUUGAUAAAUAAAAUAUACCAGUAUAUAUAAAAUUUUAUGAAGAAA